UAUGUUCUAAGAUUAUAUCUAAUAGGUUACGUCUUUUGCUUCUCUCAAUUAUUUCAGAAUCUCAAUCAGUGUUUAUACCUAGUCGUCUCAUUACUGAUAAUAUUCUUCUAGCAUAUGAAACUCACCAUUUCAUGAAGACUCGUACUAGGAAUAAAUCAGGUUUUCCUUCAUUUUAAAUGGUGAACAAUUUGGCAAUCCUUUCCCAGAAAGAGGAGUUCGUCAAGGUGAUCCUCUUUUUCCGUACCUUUUUAUCAUAUGUUCGGAAGUCUUUUCAUGUUUACUGCAGGACCUUCAGAGUUGUGGUCGCAUCCAUGGUGUGGUGGUUAGUCGAAAUGCUCCAUGUAUAUCCCACCUUUUAUUCGCCGAUGAUACUCUGCUCUUUGGAGAUGCAACGGAGGAUGAAGCUCGAUAUUUGAAGUGAACAAUCCAACUUUUUGAAAGAGUUUCUGGCCAAAGCAUCAACUUGGAAAAAUCUGGAAUUUUUUUUCAGCCCCAACAUGGAUGUUGCCAUCAGAGAUUCAGUUUGCAGUAUCAUGGGUAUUCCAGAGGUGAAAAGUCAUGGAAAGUAUCUUGGCCUCCCUUCUGUAGUUGGCCGUAACAAGCAGGAAGUAUUCCAAAACAUCAAAGAUCGUAUUUGGCAAAAACUGAAUCAUUGGAGUUCAAAAAAUCUGUCUAGAGCUGGCAAAGAAGUGCUCAUUAAAUCGGUAAUCAAGGCGAUGCCCUCAUAUGCAAUGUCCUGUUUUAUGCUUCCAGAUACUAUUCUGUAUGAGCUACAAUCUAUGUCCAGCAAAUUUUUUUGGGGUGAUUCGGCGGACAGCAAGAAAAUUCAUUGGUCUUCAUGGAAUAACAUGGCUCAUAGCAAAAGAGAUGGUGGUCUUGGUUUCCGUAAUUAUAAAGCGUUCAACAUCGCCAUGCUAAGUAAACAAGCUUGGCGUUUGCUUACUUCUCCAAAUACUUUGCUUUCUCGUGUCUUGAAAGCCAAAUACUACCCUAAUCAGAAAUUUUUUGAUGCAACUCUUGGUAGCAGGCCUUUGUGAACUUGGCGCAGCAUACAGAUUAGAAGUGGACAGCAAACUAGAAUUUGGGGAGACAAGUGGAUCCCCUUGGAGCCAACUUUCAUAUCUUCAAUUUCCCCUUCUCCUUUGUUAGCUAAUGCGCAUGUUUCAGCCUUGUUUAGUGCAGAUCAAAGCGACUGGAAUCGAGAGCUGGUUCGUUGCAUAUUCCCUCCUGAAGAAGCUUCUGCCAUUUUAUCUAUGGCUUUGCCACACUCUUAAUCACAUGAUCGCUGGAUAUAGCACUUCAAUAGAAAGGGCAAUCAUACAGUUAAGUCAGCAUACUAUCAGUUAUUGUACUCUCCUCAGUUCAGUGAUCAUGUCCAAGAUUCCAAUCCUAUGCCGGUGGGUAUUCAGGAUCCUAUUUGGGAGAGAAUGUGGCAGUUGAAGCUCCCAAACCAAACUCUCUUAUUUGCUUGGCGGCUAUGCAGCAAUUUGCUCUCCACCCCAUCAAACCUGGCUGCAAGACAUGUGACCUUUGAUGAUAGCUGCCCCUUCUGUAAUCAGAAUUCCGUUACCAAUGGCCAUAUCUUCUUUGAUUGUUCAUAUGCAGUGCAAACAUUCAGAAUUACAGGUCUAUAUCAGCAAAUUUCACAACUGAAACGUCCCAAUUGUGAGCAAUGGUUUAGAGCAAUAAUUCUUGAAAACACGUUUGUAUCAACAUCAUUUUUUGUUGCUCUUCUCUCUGGUAUCUGGUAUGCAAGGAAUUCUGCUGUUUUUGAGCAAAAAAACAUUACCCCUUGGUCUACUGUUCUCCAUGCUAGCAGAGUUGUUCAGGAUUUGGCUUCUACAUCAACAAAUCAAGCUAGAGAUCUUCCUGAAUUGCAAGCGAUGAAUACUAUUUUUCAACCUGUUGCAAAUGCUAUCCAGGUUUUCUUCGAUGGAUCAAUUUCAAGCUCAAACCGAUGUGCAGGAGCUGGAGUUUAUAUUCAAUCUUCCUCAGGACAAUUUUUGCAUGGUUUGGCUCGUCAAUUUCCCAACGUUGUUGACCCUUGUCUUUCAGAAGCUCUUGCUUUACGUGAGGCAUUGCUACUUUGUCGACAACUUGAUCUUGUGGACGUUUUGGUUCAAGGAGAUUCCUCAAUCAUAAUACUUGCUGCUGCUCAAGAUUCCGAUAGUCCAAGCUCAUGUUCCCCGGUUCUUGAUGACGUGAUACGCAUGUGCCAAAACCUUCCUGUCCAAAAGCUAUCCUGGGUUCGACGCGAAGAAAAUGUGAUUGCUCAUAACUUUGCCAAAUUUGCGAAAUCAUCUGAUGUUAUUGAAACAACAUGGAGUGACCCUCCAAGCUUUGUAAAUCAAUCGGUGAUGGACCUUUUCCAGUAAUAUGAAUGCAAUUUCGUUUUUCUCCAAAAAAAAAAAAAAAAAAUACUACUAAUUAGCAAUGAAGAUUGAUCAACCACCUUGAGUCCUUAUACUGUAUCUAUUAUUGGGAAAAUAUUCUAAAAUAGGUCCUUGCCUGUAAUUAGUAAUAGAAGUAACUUGUGAUUAAUUAAUAUACUAAGUAGGUGUGUUCAUUUGUUUAGUAAGUAAA